UUUUAGAUGAAUUCAAUUUUGUUCUCGUUGAUCUUUUGGAACAGUAGUUUUGAAUAUGUAGGUAUCUUUAGAUUCGAAAAGUAGGUGAAAGAGAAGGAUAGAAAGGUAGCGUGUAAAUGGAUUCUAUCUAUGAAUUACAUUAUAAUGAAAACAUGGAAAUCAGUACUACCUGAUUUUCCUCUCUAAAAAGGAAUGAAUGCCUACACCAGGAGUGUAAGUAGUGCCUACCUGCCUACCUAUGUACUUGUCGGUAUUUGCCUACUUAUGGAUAUUGGUAUAUACCAGAUUUGGAAGUCGUUAGCCCUUGUCGUACGAGACCAGCAAGUUGUUCUACAGCAGCAUGGACACCGUCGAUGAUGGGGAUCUCUGGACCCACGGCUUCUUGGAUAGAAUCACGGAUGGCCGCCAAAGCGGCGCCUCCCAAGCAAAUGGAGUCGGCACCGUGGUCGCGGACGAGCUCCUGUGCGCGUUGUACUAGAAGAGAUUUUCGUUCUUCUGGAUCCAUGUUGGAAAGUUGAAGCACAGUACGUCCGGUGGAAGCAAUGGCUGCGAUACGAGAACGUUGCAAGCCAAAGGAUUGAAACAAUUCGUACAGCAGACAUUCGGAUCGAAAAGUACUGGUAAGGACGCCAACCUUUUGGCCAACGGUUAGAGCAGCCAAGGCCGAGGCUUGAACGAUGCCCAUGCAAGGUAGCUGGUACGAUUCGCGGACCAUGUCGACGAGCGGUGUAGGGGAGUAGCAAGCCACGACGACGGCAUCAAUUCCUUCUAGGAUUUCCGGCGUAAGAGACUGAAAGACCAAGGAAGCUGUAAGGGUGGCCUCUGUGAUCGAGUCAAUGACAGCUGCUCCAGGAGCUGGACAGGUAAAGAAGCGCAAUGUGACAUCUGGGGCAACCAAUUUGGGCAAUUUCUCCUGAAGAGAAUUGGUAAUGAAGUGAGAAGAGUUUGGAUUAAUUACUAGUACAGUGGGCAUCUUGAGACUUGAAUGUCAAUGUCGACAAAAAGAGAUGAGGCGACUCGUAAAGCAGAAGGGGAAAGAGAAGGAGAAAGGGAGAUUGUAUACGAUUCCAAAAAAGACGGCUUUCAAACAAAUUGACGUCUGGAAAUUUGGAGGAACACGAAAAUUGGUAUUGUCUUUUUUUCCUACGACAACACACACACACUCACACUCACACCAGUAACAAGAAUACUACACGCAACAAUUCGCGAUCCAGAAAAAUCAGCGAGCGAUACUCAACCACGAAAUCAAAAGACAGAAAUAAAGAAAAAAUCAAAAAAAUAGAAGCGAACAACAAAAGGAACGAUGUAAGUACUUUUUCAACAAACUGAAACCACCAAGCUACAAAGUACCACAAAAAAAAAGAAAGAAAGAGAGAAUAAAAGAAAAGAAAAGAGAUAAUUAAAAAAAAAUCAAUAAAACUACCACCAAAACGAAUCUCUCUUAGAGUCCGGUUUGUCGAAAAUUAGGAUACGGACCUCCAAGGAAGAUCAAUCUUUCGUGUUUACGAUGUCAUCUCAAUGUCUUGUCUUAUCAAUGGCAAAAACAAAGAAACAGAAUCAUGGUCCAUGAUAAGCAAAAGAAUCCUCAAUUGUAGCCGCCAUGCUUUGAAUCGAAAUAUAUAUAUACGGCGAAUUUUGCUUGUUGGUUUGGUCUUACCAAUUUUCAUGGUUCUUCUUUAUUCUUUCUUAUAAUUCUUUGUUGAUUAACAGUAUAAUUUUGCGUUCCAUUGCAAUUAUUUCCUAUACUUUCAAUACUACAACUACUGCUACUGUCAUUGCUUCAUUGCUACUUAGUACUUGUGCUCUUAUACGAACGUCUGCUUUUGUUUGUUAGUGUUAAAUAUGAUCGAAACGAAAACAACUACUACCACCACCAACGCUGCUCCUAUGACAUUUCCGGUACAAAUCACAGCUUCCAAUGCCUUUGAGCCUUACAUAACGUCUCAUGGCUUACGCAUUUCUCCUGCUCCUUUGCCUUCUCACAAUACCGAUGUCUCCUUUGGUGCCGUCAUUGAAGGCAUUGACCUGCGCGAAAUUACCAAAGAACAAUUCCAAGAGAUACGCACGGCCGUCUUUGAGCAUCAAGUCGUUUGUUUUCCCAAUCAACACAACUUGCCUCCUCAGACUCAGUACGAAAUCACCCAUGGGUUUGAUCCCGAAAGUUCCACAUACGGUCAUGGGAAUAGUUCCAACAAGCAAAAGAAUAGCAUUCUUCACCCAGAUCUUCACACCGUCCCCGCUGUACCACAAGUCCAAUUGAUCGGCCAUGGUGUCAUUCAAAAUCAUUACGGUUUACCUGAAGCCCGUCUCAAACAUCCUCACCAUCGUAGCUUCCACCGUGAUCCCAUAUCUGUUGAAGAAGAGCAUGAAAAACAAGUUACUCGUUUUUAUCGAUGGCACAUUGAUGCCGCUCUUUAUGACUACAAUCCUCCUGUCGUAACCACGCUUUCUGCCAUCUCAGUCCCUCGGGGCACUCAAACUCUGCGCUAUGACGAUAAGUCUGGCCAUGAGAUGCCUGUCCCCCUUGGAUCAACUGCCUUUGCCUCUGGUUACAAGAUGUUUGAUUUACUUUCCGACGAGCAAAAAAAAACUUCCGCUCGUACUCGUGUUCAAUAUUUCCCACACGCAUAUGUCGCUAUCAACAAGGCUCGUGCGUUGCCCAAUGGCCUGAGUAUGUAUUCUGAAGGCUUGGAAGUCCCUAAGGACAAAUUGCCGGACUGGGAAGAGAGCAAAAUCAAGACUUUCCCGCUUCUUUGGAAGAAUCCUGUUACUGGUAAAUUUGCCCUUCAAACUCAUGGCUGUUGUGCUGAAAAGAUUUACAUUGACCAUCCAGAUGGAUCUACCACUGUCAUUGAUGACCUUGCCAAAGUUCGCGAAAUCCUCUAUAAUUAUCAACGUCCCGGCAUCAAUCCCGAGCGCGUUUAUUGCCAUGACUGGAAAGAGGGUGAUUUCGUAAUUUUCAAUAAUCGCGGUCUCAUCCAUUGUAUUACGGGUGCGUAUAAUGAUAACCAAACACGAGUCUUCCAUCAAUGCAAUUUGGCUGCUUCUCAUCCUCCUUUAGGACCUACCGCCGAAGAAAUAGCUUCCAUAUGAGCCCGCUAUUCGUACGUAGAUUUUUAAUUGCUAAACCAGUUCUCGACCGUUACGAGAAGUAAUCAUAAUUUGUCUUGAGGGCUACACAUUAGUCUUGCUCUUUUUUCUUUUGUUGCAUAUGUUCAUACCGUUUUUUUCGUCAACAACGGAUUAUCAGGUAUCCCUCUCUUUUAUUCAGCACCUCUAGUAUCUAAUGUUUUUGAAGUUUCUAUGUUAAAAAUAUCACAAACUUUACGAUUGAGUUAUACUUGUCCACCAACUCUUCUUUCUU